GAGAUUAAUAGAGAGAGAGACCAUGAAGAAGAAGGAGAAGGAGAUGGAGAUGGAGAUGGAACCGAAGAGGGGUACAGAAAAAGUAGAAGAGAUGAAGGCAAAGGUAGCGCAAGUUCAAGGAGUGAUGAGGGAGAACAUAGAGAUGGUUAUGGAUAGAGGGGAGAAGAUAGAUAUUUUGGUGGACAAGGCUCAGGAUUUGCAGAAGGAAGCUGGAUAUUACCGAGACAAUGGGAGGGCGAUUAAGAGGAAAAUGUGGUGUAAGAACAUGAAGAUCAAGCUGAUUGUUAUUACGGUUUUGAUAUUGAUUCUGGUUUUGAUCAUCUGGAGUUCUAUCUGCGGUGGAUUCAACUGCAGCAACUAGUCUUUUGUUACUGUUAAUUCUGUCUUCCCUCCUUCCUCUCUCUCUCUCUGUUGUUUCCUUUGUUUUGUGUGAUAUAUGGAUUACCGAAUGAUACCGAAUCUUUGUUUCC